GUAUUCCCGGUUGAAGAAGUUACCUACAGAUUAACCAAAGUUUAUAUUUACAUAAUCUGAAUUGAUAUUAAACAUAGGACAGGAUAUUUUUGCACCGUUUACAUUUUAAUCUCUACCUAAUCCACCCUUGAACUUAUAAAAAAAGAUGGUACGGUCGAAGUGCGUUAUUUCACUGGGCGUAAUAUACCGUUUAUAUUUUACCGCAGUGAUAUAAACCUAUACCUUGUUUUGUUGUCUCGCGGAGAGUGCACACUGUUGGUUGUUACCAUUGUAUAUACAGUAAUAAUCCACACUUAAUGAUGGACCAUCUUUAAUGAUGGGAAUGGAGAAGAUACUUUUAUAAAGCACUACAGUGUUGAUUUGAGUGUAAUUAAAUUAAUGGAUAAUACACCAACGGGGAAGCGGAGAUAAAAUCAUGUUUUAAAAAGAACACGUCCUGUUAUAUCACUUAACGGAUAUUUUCAGAGAGGGACUGAUCUUAUUUUCGUUUUAAAACUUUAUAUCUCAAUAUUUGAAAAGCUCUGCUGCAAAAUAGAGUUAGCGUCAUUUAUUAACAAAAAACCCACUUAACAUCCAUUUUUAACAUGAGGUUAAUGUUGAAGAUCGGAAGAUGUUUGAAGAAAAGUUAUAUCCUAAUUAUAACUUGUAUUCUGCUACUUUCUGUGUACUCAAUUUCGAUUGGAACUGUCUCAUUCCCCAGUGCUGCAGCGAUUGAAGGUCAUGUUUUAGUCAGAAAGACAGCAAGCAUCGAGACAAGUGUCACAGUGCAAAAAGACUCAUUGUAUGAAAAGAAAGCAGACGACAUAGAAAGUAAAAGAAGAGCAGACGAAAUUCGUAAACGAAUAACUGAUUCCCGGGCUGGAAACUUUACUUAUGAUUCAAGGGGUCAUAACGAUGUGUUUGACACAUCGAGAGGACAAUUUCGUGUGAUAGACAGAUACUUGAAUAAGAAGGAGCAUGGAUUUUUCGUGGAGAUCGGAACUGACGGAGUACGACCAGAUUCGCUGACAUAUUUAUUGGAGAAAAGUAGAGGUUGGACUGGAUUAGUAGUAGAACAUGACCACAAGAAGCUCGAGUCCCUCAUGAACAUGAGGAGGAAUUCCAAAUUUCUACAAGCCUGUAUACAUGCAUCAACUGGAAACUGGCCGUUAAAUAAUAUCACCGAGGGUUCUUGUUUCACAUUAUCGGACAUAUUAACAUCCCUUAAACGGAACAGCAUUGAUUUACUUGUGUUAGACGUCACCGGGCAGGAAAUGCAGUUGUUGACGUCAUUUCCGUUUCAAGAUGUUGACGUCAGCAUGAUUAAUAUCGAAGUUCAUGGAACAAAUCAGUAUUUGAAAGAUGUUGUAAAAAGUUUAACAUCUCGGUUCAUAAGUGUUCAGUUGAUGACUAAUCAUAUAUAUGGAAAGACGGACAUAGUGUUUGUUAAUAAGAAAAUAAGUUCAUGAUCUCUAUAUAGAUAUAGUAUUUUAAACAUGACGUAUAAUUAGCGUUUUAUCUGUUACAUAAACAAUUGUGUGUGGCAAAUGUACUGUAUAAAUAUGAACAAUUUUUGUCGUUUAAGACACAAUGAUUAAAAUGCAUUAUUUCACUGUUACUUUUACAAAUGUAUACAUGUACAGUUUUAACAUUUUGUCGUUCAAGGCAAAAUCAUUGAUCAUCAACAUAAAUAUUUGAUUGAUUUGUAAAAGUAUUUUAUAAUAAAAAUUCAUUUGAACUUAACUCUUUUGAGAAACAAUAUAGUUUGAUGCUCCUUAGUUGCAAUUAAAUCGAGUAUAACCGUAUGCCUGUGGUGGAAUGGCAAAAAAUGGCAAAUAAACCACAAUUAUGCUUUUAAAGAAAAAAUGGUGUACAAAGAUUCCAUUUUUUUAUUCUAAAAAACUGGUAAUUAUAAAGAAAAUAUGUACAUCCACGUGGUGUUGCAUUCUAAAAUGGAGCAACAGUAGCACGUAGAGACAUAUAGACAAUAUAUAAAAGGUAUCUUACUUGAAGGAGUUAAGUACACUGAACACAGCUUGUUCAUUAAUCGUUACAUAGGACAAAGUGAUCCCUCGGAAGCAUUAAUCACAACAAAAUAACAUGAAAAUUGCAGACUCGGUACAUGAAGGAUAAUGAAUAAGUGCCCUCACGCCCCCUAGCACCGGCUAGAUUAAGAUAACCAUAUUAUAAGUAACAUUAUCACCAGUGAUGUCUCUUUUUGAUAUUUCUGUUAAGAUAAAAUCAGACUUCAGGAAAAAGAACGGGUGAGCUUUGUUGAGACAUGGCCUCAUGAUAAGGUAUUUGCACUCAAAGUGGACCCAAUUAUGUUCGCCUUUUCGGCGAUUUUUCUGUAUAAGGACUUUGCUUAUAGAAAAGUUGCUAUACACAAUUAUAGCAUAUUCGUUUGUCACUACAAAUAGUAAUCAAUGAUAUUUAGCUUAGGUCUGGUCGGAAGGACAUAGGAGCACCUUGCUUAACCACUUCACAUUUCUUGUUGAAUAAUUCUAAAAACAAAACCAUUAACAAUAAAUCUUUAUCUGAAAACGCUCCAAUUUAAAUAGAAAGAUAUUCUUAUAAUACAAGCUCUACGAACGGUAUUACACAAACUUCACUACAGGCAUAUCACAAGCUCCAUAUUUGGGGUAUAAACACAAAUUCUACUUUAGGUAUCACACGAACUCUCCAUGUUCAAUAUGAAGUAACACACAAAAUUACACUCGGUAAAGUAUCAAUACAGCCAAGUUCGUUAGUACCUUAUAUUAUUUUAAAAAGCGUCGCGACAAGAGUUUUGUUGCUCGUGGGUACAAAGAAGUGUUGUAUUUGAUUAAACCAUGGUGUCGGCAAUGUACAAAAUUAGGUAGGAAAAACAGUAGGGACACCAGUACUUGUAAGUUCCAACGUGAAAAGAAAGUUAUUAAUAUACAUAUAUAAAUUGCAAAACUUGUUACACAAUUAAGUUCCACCAAAUUUGUUUUAACCAAACCAAAAGAAACUCUUUCAAAACCAAAAAAGAAACAAGUAACAUGUAAACAGGAGCCUUUCAAAUUGCAACUCAAAAGGUUUCAUUAAAAACUGAAAUAAAUAAAUAAACCCGGAUAUAUGCGAGGUUGACAUGUUUUAUAAUUUAUAAUAUUUUACGCUUUAAAUGGCUAAGAUGACUCAAUGAAAAUGAAAAAGACUUAACAUAAAUUGUAUUCAUAUGCUGUAGUAAAUUAAAAUAGUUAAUUCAAUUAUGGCAACAAGUUUUAAUGUCGUUUAUAGCACGAUGCAACCGCGAUAAUCAUUAACUCAUAAAAUAUGUAAACAAUACUGUGUGUCUGAAAAUAACUUUUUAAUAGAGAUAUUAACAUAUAAAGUGUUCACAAAUGCGAGGGUCGUUACAUAAUUCUUAAAUAUAUAGGAUCAUUAUAAGUCUCUGAGUUUAUCAAAAUGUUUUAAAUAGCGACCAUAGGAUAGUACUAACGUUUUGGGAUAUGUUGCCUUUUUUUUAAGGAAGAAACCUAAUUCACCCCAAUAUUAAGUUCACAACGUGUUGCUGUCAUUUCUCGCUUCAAAACAGUUUCAUCUGAAAUUCUUUAAUUGAACAUUUGAUGUGGACAAAGAAUCAAAAUUUAGUUGAAGUAAUUCUGCAUCGUUUUUGUUCAUCAUUAUUGACUUGAAAAUAAAUUACGAAAACGAAUUAAUCUUCCUUUUCUAUAAUAUUAUGAAGUAUUUAAAAAAAAAAUAGAAAAAAAAGAUGUACGAAAAAAAUUCUAAAUGUUUUCCUAACAACGUUGUCGAUAUGCUAAAAUUUAAUGAAUAAAUUGACCAGCAUAUUCAAGUAUAUAAAUUAUGACAUACAAAUAAAACUUGAUAUAAGAUUAAUAAAGAUGCACAAAAUUCCCGUGCAAUUCCUUUCAAGUUACUACUUGCAACAGUGCAAUCAUUGGAAAAUGCAAACAUUUUUUUAAACUUUAUUUUGUUUUUUUUAUCAUUUUUCUUUUUCGAAAUUUAGUUCUAUUAAAUUAGAACAAAAAUCUAACGCAUCAUUAGUUUGGAAGUAAAAUGCUGAUAUGUAAUUAAGAACUAAACGAACACCCCUCAUAUGUUUAUAUCUUUAAACUUUUAAAUUUAUGUAAAUUAGGAUGCAAAUUUUAAAUGUAGGGAAUUUUCUUAUAGUCAGAGUGAAACAUUAAAUAUUGAAUAAAAUCCUACUUAAAUAUUUCACACGGAAAGGAAAAUAAAACAUUAUUUUAUCCGUCGGCCGUAUAUAUAAUUAUAUAUAUAUAUAAAAAAAAUCACUGAUACAGAACAGCUUUCAUCAGUGGGAACAACAACAACAACAACAAUACAAGUUUAAUAUACAUGUAAUAUCCUGUUUAAUAUAACACAAUUCAACUGAACAACUAUACAAAAUAUAUAUAAAAAGAGAAUUAUCAUCACAAAUAUAAUAGCUAAAUUGAAUUAAAAUCAUCUCAUUUACGUGUAGGCCGUAUUUCUAACUGAAACCGUGUACUACAUAAAUCAAAACAAAAUAGAAUGUGUGCUGACAUGAAGUCUUGGGAUAAAUAAUAUUAAACCGGAUAUUAAAACAUUAAGGCACCUGAUAAUAAAUUUAAAAAACAAACUUCAUUUAAAUAUUGCAGACAUUAUUGCAAUUCAGUGCAUCACAUUGCAGAAAAAAACACGUACAUUUUCCUAUUUUUAGAAAUUUAGUCAAUGUCAUUGGUAUUGAAGCAAAAAAUCAUUAUCAUAAAUAUUAUGUAAGUAUAACAUAAAUGUAUUUAAAAGGAAGAAAGUUUUAUUAUAUACAUAAACAGACUGAUAUCAAAAAUUUCCGAAGCAAUAAAGGUAGAUGUCAUUGUAAUUGUUUUAAAAAUGGUAUAAAAUAUAGAUGAUUAACUUAUGAGAUUCCGGAAAUGUUUCGUUAAACUAACUAAAAUUCUCGAAACUCUACUUUUGCAUCCGUCAAAUUCUCGUAACUCGGCUAUUGCAUUCGUCGAAUUCUCGUAACUCGGCUAUUGCAUUCGUCAAAUUCUCGUAACUCAGCUAAUGCAUUCGUCGAAUUCUCGUUACUCAACUAUUGCAUUUGUCAAAUUCUGGUAACUCAGCUACUGCAUUCGUCAAAUUCUCGUCACUCGGCUAUCGCAUCCGUCAAAUUCUCGUAACUCGGCUAAUGCAUUCGUCGAAUUCUCGUAACUCAGCUAAUGCAUUCGUCGAAUUCUCGUUACUCAACUAUUGCAUUCGUCAAAUUCUGGUUACUCAGCUACUGCAUUCGUCAAAUUCUCGUAACUCGGCCAUUGCAUUCGUCAAAUUCUUGUAACUCAGCUAUUCCAUUCGUCAAAUUCUCGUAACUCGGCUAUUGCAUUCGUCAAAUUCUCGUAACUCGGCUGUUUCAUUCGUCAAAUUCUCGUAACUCGGCUAUUGCAUCCGUCAAAUUCUCGUAACUCGGCUAUUGCAUUCGUCAAAUUCUCGUAACUCGGCUAUUGCAUCCGAUAAAAUCUCGUAUCUCGUCUAUUGCAUCG